UGUCCGCUGUCGGGAAAAUUAAAUACAAUUGUUAACCGUUGGGUGUGAAAGAAAUGGAGAAACGACAGGAAAUACUGGCUCCGUUUUCUUCUGAUGAGUGUCCAAACAGUGGAGAGGAUAGUGAAGAAGAUGUAAUAACUGACUAUUUGGGAUCAUCGCAUUCUGAUUGCGAUCGUAUACCUAUUAUUAAUGGAGAUCUUGGUAGUUUAAAUCUACAUGGAAAUAUAAUUACUGAGACCGGCUACACCAAAGACAAUACAGAGAAAACGGCUAUCACAAUGUCUGAAGGGACUGAUGAACAGCAGCAGCAACAUUCAUUGCUUUCACUUGGCACUAACAGUCAAGCUCAGACUAAUCCGUUGGUGCCAAUUAUCAGUGUCACGCCUCACUCACCUGGUCUCGCCAAAAACUACCCAGUUUUAGAGGACAACUUGCAACAUCUGCAUGAAAUCCAUGAUUGUAUUCAGCGUAUGAGAGAUCUGACGCUGAGCAACUGGGGAUAUAAUCAUCGCACAUCCCACAAUGAUGUACCUCAACGGUUAACUUCAUCAUGUCCUUCUCUAUGUCCUUUCAUUUCACCUGAAAUUGCACCACGCUCAAGCAAUAAUGAUACAGGAUCUGAUCCUGAUCUCCUUGCUAACUGUUCCACCAACAGCUCUCCUACGCAUUUUCCACCAGUAGGUGCUCGUUCACAGAAUGCACAAGGUAUAGACCGAAGACGCAGCUGGACUGACUUGGAAGAUACUCGAUUUGGACGUCGCAGAUAUUCUGGACAAAAUCACCUACAAGCACAAAAUAUGCGACAGCGCAGUAUUAGUUUAAGCAGCUUAGACAGUGAAAUGGAAAUAGAAUUACAUGGAAAAUCUUGUAGCAGACCUGUAGGAGCUGGUAGUCGAGCAUGCAGAUCACAAGCAAGUACUCAUUCUCUCAAUGAAGCUGAUCUUAUACAAAGCGAAUAUCAGAAGAUAGUUACAAAACGAUUCAAAGGUAGUCAAAGAUUAGCAGACAGUAGUGGUUUAAUGCCUGGUCUUACAGGCUCUCGUUUACCUCUUCAGAAAUCUAUUUCAACACCUUCAAUUGUUACUCCUCAAGUUAAUGCUCAUUUAUCAGAAACUGUAACUAGAACAACACCAUCACUUACAGCCCGACGUGAAAGAAACGAAAAGGGUAGUGGAAGUGAGACUGAAACUGAGGAUCUUCACACUCCAAACAGCCAUGAAUUCCAUGAAGACAGAGAAGGCACUCCAAAUGCUCAGAUAUCCUUUGAUGAGUUACUAACGGAUGGCACUGUAUAUGAUGACCAUCAAUCAGAAAAAACUAGAAGAAAACGUGGUUCUAUUUUUUUCCGUAAAAAAAAGGAUAAAAGUACCAUCAAAACUACAUCAAGUAUAUCCUCAACUACAAGUAGUUAUAAUGUUAAGAGAGGAUCUACUGCAUCGUUACCUUUACCAACUUCUGGAAGUGGAAGGGAAAUUAACAGCAAGAAAGCCGUGACAAGCUACAGCCCUUGGCGGCGAGUUGCUACUAAGCUUGGAGUCAAUCAAACAAUAAAUGAGGAGAGAGAUGGAGAUGGACGUGAUAUAUCCAGUGGACUAGAAGGAUAUGACCUUGGAGACGACACUUACCAAUUCACUGUGGGUGAUCUGGAAGGCUUGGAUCCUGAAUUGGGCCUGGCAAAAGAGGAACCUGAUUCUUGGAGUGCUGCCAUUGGACAUAACGUUGCAUUGCGGCUAGCUGAUAACUGUGAACGAAAAGUAAAAAGACAAGAACAUAUUUAUGAGUUUGUACUUACGGAAAAACAUCACUGUUUAGUACUUCUCGCUAUGGAAAGAAUUUUCGCGGAAGGUCUGCGACGUCACUUUCGUUUCGGUCAAGCAGAUCUGGAACGCAUGUUCCCAAGGCUACGUGAUCUCAUUGAUAUUCAUUUACGAUUUCUGCAAAAAUUACGUAAAAGGCAAAAUACAAAUUCUAUUGUUCCUACAAUUGCUGAUAUAUUAGUGGAUCAAUUCUCUGGAGAGAAUGCACAACGUAUGAAGAGUGCCUAUGGGGAAUUUUGUAGUCGUCACAGAGAUGCUGUAGAAGCUUAUAAGUAUUAUUUGCGUCAUGAUCCUCGAUUUGCACGAUUCGUGCGUCAAUGUCAGUCACAUCCUUUGUUGAAGAAGAAAGGAAUUCCUGAAUGUAUUUUAUUUGUUACUCAACGUUUAACAAAAUAUCCACUGCUUGUGGAACCACUUAUCAAAACGGGUAUUGCGCAAGAAGAGGGUGAAGAUUUACGCAAAGCUUUGGUUCUUGUUAAAGAAAUUUUGGCAAAUGUGGAUACAUGUGUUGCUGAUAAGGAAAGGGAAGAUAGAAAAUUAGAAAUUUAUAAUAAGAUUGACGCAAAGUCUUUUGCGACAUAUCGUGGUGCCAAGUUCAAAAAAUCAGAUAUUAUGGCAUUUAAUAGAAUUUUAAAAUUCGAAGGUACUGCGUAUUUAAUGCAAGGUCGUGGAAAAAUGACUGCCAUUGUAGUGGUUGUUCUUUCUGACAUAUUAUUUUUCUUGGCUGAAAGAGAUCAGAAAUAUGCAUUUUUUGUGCCUGACAAUAAGGCUGGUAUAGUGUCACUUCAAAAAUUACUAGUUCGUGAAAAGGCGGGUCAAGAAUCUAGAGGAAUUUAUUUAAUAAGUAGCAAUCCAGCUGAACCUGAGAUGUUCGAGUUAAAAAUUCAAAAGCCAAAAGAUAAGCAAUUGUGGAUACAAGCAAUUAGAUCAGCAGUUGAAGCCUGUCCGCAAGAACCUGAAAAUGAAACUGAUAUAUCAACUGAAAGUAAUAAUAAUAAUGAAUUAAGAGAUACACGUUCCUCUUCUAUAUCGUUACUUUCUGUUGAAGAAAAACAACGUUUAGUCAAAACUAAAGAGUCGCAUGUUCUUAAGAUAGUUGGUGAACUGCGAAAGAAGGAUGCGGAACAGGCAUUAUUGCUCGAAGAAAAAAUCAAUUUACAAAUACAACUUUUACAUGCUGCUAAUAUUUGGAAUGGAAAUGAAAGUAGUGAUAAUGAGAAAAUAGAAAAAGCUGAUAAAGAAAUUGCAGAUUAUACUAGAUUAGUUCAUAAUGAAGGAACUGAAACCACACAGUUACGGCAAGAGGUGGUUGCAGCUAUUCAAGAAGCAACAAAACUUGCUAGCUCAUUAUCUUUUAGUGCGGGUGGUGCUACUCUUUCGAGAAGUUUAAGUUCUGCAGGAGAGCGACAUAGUGAGGCCUAUGUUCCGUCUGCACUUUGUAUUCCUCGAAGAGCUGAGACAUUCGCGGGUUUUGAUCAUAACAAAGAAAAAUAUCCGUUGCGAGAGUCUGCAAUUCAUUCUGUAAUUUCUCUUCCAAAAGUUAGUGAAUUUAUGAAAGAAAAUCCGGAAGAAAAAGGAAAUCAAGAUACAGAAAUAUGUAAAGAGCAACAAUGGGCAGCGAUUCGUUUGUCUCAUCAUGUUUAUAGGUUGGUCUGUAUAAUUAGUAAUCAAAUGACGACAAUUGACAGCCUACAGGCUCAAUUAGCUGCGUGUAAAGAAGGUAGUAUGGGCAAAUUAAAUAACAGACCUAAUCCAAAUCGCCAAUUAGAAGAAUUACGUAAUUUACAAGAUAAAUUAAGUCAAGAAAAAGCAGCGUUUCGUGCCGCAUCACAACAAGAACAAAAGCAAUUAGAAGAAGAACGAGCCGAAUUGGCAAGACUACGUGAACAAUUAGCAGCGGAACAGAGAGAUGUUACACAACAGCGAGAUCAAUUAUAUCGGCGGCUCGAAGCAUUAGAACGACAAGGGGUGACAUUAGUUACGAGUUCUACACCUAGUUCUACAACAAUUCAUCUAUCUCAUUUGACACAGGGAUCUGAUACCGUACAGACACGAAAAACGCAGCCGGAUGCUAAAAGAAUUCCGUUAAAUUUAAUUAGUGCUACUAAUCAGCAAAAAGUGCAAAGUAAUCUUCCAGUAAAACAACAGUUGCCUUUAAAACUUGCUAGUGGAAGCAACAAUAAUACUAGAAGUGGAAACACGAGUAAUAAUAGUCCAGAUCGGCAUUCACGAACGGGAAGCAGUCCGGCAAUUGUAACUGGCUCUACAUAUUCUUCACCGGAAUUAGGAAACAAUCAUGCCGGUACGAGCCAAACUCAUUCCUCGAAUCGUUCGCUUCGAAUUACACGAUCGCCUCCAGAAUAUCCACAUCAGCAACAGCAUCAGAGAACGGAACAGCAGCAACCUUUGGAAGAAGAAGUAAUUUUUUUCUGACGUUUCUUUCGUUUUGGUCGGAAACAUUCUCGAUCUUCUCGUCCUACAACUGGCGAAGCUACCCCGACUUCUACACUAACUCCCUCCCGAAAUCAAUCAAAAGAUGCUCAACCUAGAAGUCGUGUAAAGUCAUUUUGACUUUCAACAUUUUCUCGGUAAGACUCUUUUACUAUUGUUAUAUAUUUUUUUCGUGAUUCUACUAUUACUUUUUUAAUUUCUCCAUUUUCAUAUCAUGUUUAUGAUACGCUUCUUCCACGAACACUUCCUUCUUCCUUUUUUUACUUUCUUCUCUUCUUACUUGCCCGUGUCUUUCUUUCCAUUCUCUUUUCUAUUAUUCUUCUUUCAUUAACAAUUUUAUUCAUGUUGUACAUUGACAGAUGCAACAUAGUACAUAAGUGAUGCAUUUAAGGUGUCCAUAAUAACAGUGUGAUUGUCAAUAAAAAAAAAAAAGAAUAUACAUAUUAUUCUCAAUAAAUUGAUAAAAGAUAGUGUUACUUUUCAACUGCUACUGAAGGCAAUAAUAUCAUUUUUAUGGAAAUUCUCACAGAACCUAUUAUAAAGAGAAAAAUAACUAUAAAA